AUGGAUUGGAUCAAAUGGAUGGGACACGCCAUCGGCGUCUCGGAGGGGGCCGAAGCACAAAUCUCAGAGCCGGUGGCCAAGCUGCGCUAUCUCUACAAGGUCUACACCGAAACACGAGGCGAAGAGAAAAAAGAGGUGGCGCUGAGCAGGGUGAUCCAACUGUUCAUCGCCAUUUUCGGACACAAGACCGCCGAAGGCGAUGAUGAAAUGGGCGAAGGCGACCGCACGCCCAAAGCCGGAUCGGCGCUGGUCACCGACCCCGCCAAACCUGAUCUCGAAAGGAGCUUUGGUCGGCAAGCGAGAGAGCUCUCGCUGGUGCUCUCCUUCAUGUUCGUCAACCAGAUCAAGGCAGUGUGGCCCUCCACUCUGCCACGCGAUCAAGCCAUAGCAGCAGUGUCACACGUUUUGGAGCCACCCAAGGCCGUCGACAACCAUGGCGCGAUAGCGGCCCCACCCGCGCGGGUCUACGCUUCGCUCAUCCUGGAUACCUUCGAGAUCCUCGGCACUUCCGAGCACUGUGUGAUCAAUAUGGCGUCGGCGGAGUUGACCGAACGGGUGAUCGCCAACAUUCUGCUGCACAGCAGCCGGUAUCGCACCGUGAUCGACGACCUGAGCAAUGCCGACGGGCUCAAGCUGGUCUUCGAUAUGUCGGCCAUGCAUGCCCGUUUCGUUCAUCCGCAGCUUCGCAUCAGGUUGUUCAAGAUGCUCAAAUCGGUGCUCGCGGAGCACUUGGACGAGCAGCUGGUGACCUACAUUCGCGACCAGAGCUGCAUCAUCCACCAGAUCGAUACGCUGCGCCAUUUCGACAAGUACGAGAGCGCCGAUGAGAUGCUGGCGAUCUGGGGCAACAUGACCACCGUGUUGAAGCGAUCGUCCAAGGUCUCGAGCAUCUUGAUGGAGGAGUUCCUGGUAGGCGGCGGCUACACAUUCCUCAACAAAUUCCUACUUCACCUCGAAAGCCUGCGCGAGCCUUCUCAGGCCGUACGUUUACUGGAUCUCGUGACUAGCCUCAUCUACGUCGGGCAUCUGCGCCUACAGCUGCCCGAGACGCCACCGCCGUUCAACGAAGACACGAUGCCGGCCCCCUCCAGUGACACGUCCGGAGUCGCGUGUAUUCGCAACAUCGACGCACUGCUCGCGCUUCAGAACUAUUUCAUCGCCAGCAAGAACGAUUCGCUGCGGGAGAAAAUAGUGUCCAGCGUGUUUACGAAGAGCAAGCUCAACAUCUGGCUGAUCUACGCGGUGGACUACAUCUUCCUGCUGCGUUUCGUCGACGGCCUGGCGGACAUGAGCGAGCAUCUGCAAGAGCUGUUCAUCGGCAUGAUCGCCUACCUCGCCAUGGAGAACCACUUUGUGCCGUUCAAAGAACUUCAAGGGCUGUUCGCCAUGUUCGAGGCGCAGGUGUCGGCUGAGUUGAUGCGACUCAUCUUGGGCAUCGCCAACAAGCUGUUGGUUCACGAUCCGCCUCGAUACAAGGCCGUAUUUCGAGAUGCGGGUCUGUUCGACCACGUCUUCGGCCUGCUCAAGAAGCACGACGACUAUCCGAGCAGCCUCGUGUCUGCCGUCCUGGCAUGCGUCAAGUCGCUUCUGCGCGACAGCCCCGACAACGUGGCCCUGUUCAGGAAACUCAAUGGGAAGGAAAUCGUGUCUUCGUUCAUCCAAGAGAACGACGCCGACCUCCGUUCGUGCGCCCUGCGCCUGGUCGAGAUCCUGGUCCUCGACGACGUGCAACUGACCUACGGGUACGUCGAGCCACCCAAUGAGAGUGCGAGCACGUGGUUCGGUGAUUUGACACCGGUGGUGGUGGCGACUCGUUGCGUCGACGUCGACAGGGAGUUUGCGACGCUGGUCGAUCUGCUCAACGGCGUGCACAAGCUGGCGCACGGGCCGGGCGUAGGGAAGGACAUCCUGCGCAGCGUGUCUGCUAUUCUGUUGGCCGAGCGCAAGUUCAAGGACAUCUUCCGCAGCGUCGGCGGAUUCAAAACGCUGUCGACCGCGUUGGCCGCCAUGGGCGGAAGUUUCGCCAACAGCCAACAGCAGCCGGAGGACAGCGUCAAGCCGCGGCUGUCGAUGCUGGCGAAUCUCUUCCGCACCCUCACCAUCGCACUCUCUCGGCACAAGGAGAACAAGCAGUUCUUCCUCGACGACCAGGGCUACGGGCGCAUCCUGACGGGCGUGUGCCAGCUCAAGAUCCUGGACUCGGCCCACGCGCUGCUGGUCUUCGGUUCGCUUCUCCAGAUGUCCGCCGAGUCGACACAGAAACUCAAGGGUGACGAGCUGCCCAGUCGGCUGGAGCGGAUCCGCAACCCCGAGGUGGCGCUCAUCAUUCUCGAGCUGCUCGGCGAGACCAUCCCCGAGGUCCAGCGCGACGUCUUCCAAACGCUCAACAACACCCUGCGAUUCUCGACUAAGUCCCUGCAUGCCCUGUUUUCCUCUGGAGUGACGAGUUUUAUUCUGUCCAAGUAUGCGGCAAGCAUCGCCGACCCGAAGGACAAGACGCACGGGCACAUCCUCAAGUUCCUGUCGACCAUGGCCAGCUACAAAUUCACCAUCGCCGAGUGGCAGCAGUUCCUGGGCAUGUUCACGCGCGAGAACCAGAACAGCAGCCUGCUCAAGACCCUGCUCCGCAUGGCACGCACCGGCAACGCGCCGACGUUCGUCGAAUUCGAUCGCACUCGCCACCGAGGAUACGAGUGCGUGCGCGUGCCGUCGGUGAUGGACGGACAGAAGUGGCCGGCCUCGAGCACCCUCAUGCUGUGGGCCUGCGUCCGGAGCUUCCGCACCGACGCGCCGUCCGACUCGGCUGCCUCGACGGACGACGCCGGCAGUGACGCGUCAUCACUCUCGGGGUCGUCGUCCUUCUCCCUCCCCACUCCGAUCUCGUCCACCACCGCGUCGUCGGUCUCCUUCUCGUCGUCGUCGACCUCGACCAACCCCUUCGACAUCCCGUCGCCCUCCGCCCUGCCGCGCUCGCGCUCGCAGAGCUCCGUCGCCAACCCGUUUGGCGCGUCGCCGUCGUCCGCCGGCGCCGAGCCACACGGCAACCCGUUCGACACGGCCUACAGUUCCGCGCCGUCGACGGCGAGCGACAACCCGUUCGACGCUCCGCCCGCGCCAGAGGAGGCCGCCGCCGAGGUCCAGCGACCUUGGAACGGCGUCCACCUGUUCAACCUCAAGAGCGACGACGGCGGCGAGACCCCUUCGCUCAACAUCUCUGGCUGGGCGUGUCCGGACAAGCUGGUGCUGCAGGUGGGCAACAACCCAUUCCUGUACGAGGUCGACUUCCCGUUCGAGGAGGAUGUGUGGUACCACAUUGGCAUCGUGCAGGUCAAGCAGGUCUGGGCCACCACUAUCAAGGUCUACAUCAACGGCGCACUGAUACAAACCAUGCAAGUGGCCUCGCCUCCGCCCAUCCACGGCAACAUCUCCCUCACCUUCGGAACGCUGAGGGAGGAUGCGCGAGCGUGCGAUGAGAUUUGGCGCCUGUCCUCAUUCCACAUCAUGGACGGCGAGGUGCCGUCGGUCAUGCUGUUCAUCAUCUCGCUCCUGGGACCCACCUACAACGGCAACUUCCAGGCGCCGCUCUCGCAGUACCAGACCUACGGCAUCAUCACGCCGCGCAACUUGUCCAUCGCUCAGAGGGUGGACAAGGGCGGCUCUGCGAUUCUGGACUUUGAGAACACGUCCCAGUGGUUCCCUGUCCAGCGGAGGGCCAUGAUCUUCACCCUCACCGCGCGCGAUCUCGUUCACAUGGUGGGCCGAGCGCACAUCAACCUGUUGAUCGAGGGCGCACACGUCUACCAGCCUCUGACGCUGGUCCAUGCCAUCCAAGCCCUCGGAAGUGUUAGCACACUCCUCCUCUUUGUCUACCACACCAAGGAUGCGCGCGAGCUUGAGAUCGCCCUCAAGUUGGUGCAGGAGCUGGUGUCCAACAACUACAUGCUCUCCAAGGCCAUGGAGGAGGAGAUCCCGACGGGCGAGGACGCGGACGGCCCGCGUUUCAACGGCUACCAGCUCCUGGCGCACCUGCUCCACGCCAAGCACGAAUUCCUGACGGCCGACAUUCUCGAGGUCGUGUUCGAGUGGGUCGGCAUCGGGCUCUGGCAGCCGACCGCGACGCGUCGACAGACCCAAAAUGUCGACGACAACAAAACCGCAAGCCCCACCACCAGCAGCGGCAAGACCAGGGCCGGCACUGGCGCCAAGAGCGGCGAGCAGCCGCCCAAGGCGAGCGAGCGCGAAUGGAGCAACAAGGAGCGACGCGACGACAGGCGCGAACGGCGGGCGGCAGGCGAUGGGCGGUCCGCCCUGGGCGGCGGCGUGCUGGCCAACCCGUUCGUGUUCCGGCACGUCCUGCUCGAGCUUCACCUGUGGAACAACUCCGUGGGCAUGCUGCAGCUGGUGCUCCAACGCAUCGCCAGCCUCGUGUCGCCAACAAACAUUCACCACAAGUACAACCUGUACCGGCUGAGGGAGCUGGACGUUCUGGCGACGCUGUUCGGCAUCAUGAGCGACGUGAGCACGCCGGAGGUCAUCUUGCCAUUCGCGGUGGACCUGGUGAUGCAGCUCAUUGCGAUUGACGUGCGCUCGAGCGACCUCCAGCAGCUCUGCGACGUGCUGCUGCAGACGAUAGUGAGCGUGGACGCGCGUCGGGCCCGGGUCAACUACGAGGCGACGAUGGCCCGCGCCAAGCAGGCCUCGCAGCCCAACUCCCCGCGGGGAUCCGACGGAAGCCAAUCGAGCGAGAGCAACAGCCCCCGCGGAGCUUCCGCCACUGGGCGUCAUCAAUCAUCCGCCACACCUACCCUGCUCGGUUCCGCAGGGUCGCAAACGGGCGCUGCGGCGAGCCGCGGAUUGAUCGUCAGGAACCACCUGCUACAGAUGCUGAUCGACCUCAUCGCCCAGAACUGGGCCGACACCAAGAUCCGCGCCUUCACCGACGUGCUGACGGUCGAGUGGCUGAUGCACUUCAUGAACGGCUACAUGCACGGCUCGUCCAUGGUGCUCGCGGUCAACCUGGUCUGCAUCCUGUACCAGGCCUCGCUCGAGUUCCAGAGCUCCUUCCGAUCACAGAACGGGUUCCGGGUGAUGCAGCAGGUGGUAGUGCACUACUGCACGUGCGUGGACAUCUACUACGCUGCGUUCGCCCUGCUCGUGGGCUGCCCCAUAUCACGGCUCAAGAAAUCGCCCAAGUUCGAACAGCAGGCCCUCGUCGACAUCGUGCAGGCAUCGAAACAGAUGGUGGUGUGCGGCGAGGCCAUGACCCUCAUUCUCACCAUGCUCAAAUCCAACAUCGAACUCUCAGGUGGCCAAGCGGAGGAGCGGAAAGAGGGCGAGGACGAUGUGGUGCGCUCGGCCGAGCUGAGCAUUCUCGUCAACCGGGAGGAACCGUCCGAAGCCUUCCACGCGGCCAUCCUGCAGUUCAUCCUCUACCUCUUCGACUGCUGCAUCAACUUCCAGCAGCUGUGCGCCUCGCCGCCGUUCCUGUAUCGGCUGGUGGACCUCAUGUUCCCGCAGGGCGUCCUGGCCGCCACCAUCACCGACCAGCUUCUCUUGACACACACGACGGCCUACAUGGAGCCCAUAUUCACGUUGAUCUCGCGCACCAUGGACACGGCCCUGCGGUCGAUGGCCGAUGGCCACACCGUCAUCAUCAACAUCUGCGAGGCGGCUCCGGGCGCACGCGAGGAGCGAGAGAUGAUGGCCUACGAGAACCAGGCCCUGUGGACCAUCCUGGAGUACCUCAACAAGGCUGUGACGCCCGACCAGCUGCUGGAGAACGCGCAGCUCGCGACAAACCUGGCCGGGUUCUGUUCAGCGCUGGUCGACCAGGUGGAGCUGCAGGCCUUCCCCGCCGGCAAGUACAAGGUGUUCCAGUUCGUCAUGAAGUAUCUGCGCCACGUCACCACCGCGCAGCCCAGCGCACGAGGCAACGCGAAGGUGAUACGCGAGGCGCACAAGGCCGGGAAUCGGAUCACUGUCUACCUGCUCAAGGAGAGCCGGACCCACACGGACGACCUCCUCCGCAUCCUCAAGAAGAUCGUCAACCACCAAGCCGUCAUCAUAUCCGAGACGAACAACGACAAAGAAUUCUUCAGCUACCUGUGCCUGGCCAUCCUGCCGCUGCUGCUGCACGACAAUCAGCAGAUCACGCGCUUCUGCGCACAGAUCUUCAAGCUGCUCCUGCUCGCCAAGGAGCAGUUCAUGCGCGACGUGCUCGUCAGCCGUAUCCAGGGCGAACUGGUGGACCUCAAGACCAACGGCUUCGAGCUUCUUCUCUCGGAUGUGAAUGGUUUCAAUUUCUGGGUGGCCAGCGCGCACCCCACGGUGACGCGAAUCUUCAAGCAGCUCCUGGGCAAGAGCGCCAAAGCCUUCACCCACGCCGAACAGCAACAUGUCGACACAAUCUCCAAGCAAUGGAAGAAGCGCCGAAGGUCGAUCGUCGUUAAGUACGAGAAGGCCGUGCAGGCCGAAAUCAUUCACCUCUCCAAGGUCGACCUGUCGCGCCGCAAUGCCGCGGACCGCUUGGUGGCCAAGGGCUGUGGCAGCGUGUACUUGAGCGCCUGGCAACAGGCGCGGUACCAGGAGGUGAUGGCCUACCACUGGAUUCAGCUCUACCGGUCGCGCUACCUCUAUGGGGAGACCUCCCUCUGGCUCCCUCUCGCUGCCUCGCCGCUCGACAAAUGGCGCCUCGACGAAACCGAAGGCUCGAGUCGUAUGCGGAGAAAGUUGCAAAGGAAUGAAGAUUUCUACCAGAACUAUCCGCAUUUGGAGCCCGGCAAUAACCUGCUGCCGACGAGCAAGGACACGCGUGAGUUCCUGGAGAAGCUGGCGCCGCUCCCCAACUACGCCCACACGCUGGCGGCGCUGCGCACUGCGGCCGUUCCGCCUUCGCCUCUUCUCGAGGCAUCCGCGGCGCCGCCGCAGGAAUCGGCCUGCGAGGACUCCCAGACCCUGACGAACGAAGACGAGAGUGGCGAGGGAGAGACGAGGGUGAAUCGAGCCGACGACAGCGACAGCGCAGACUCGGACGACAGCGACCAGCAGAGCCUCGCCACGCGGCCACCCAGGCCACUAUCUCUGCGAGGAAGCAAGAAGCAAGAGGUGAUGGAGCUCGAGGAGGAGGAUUGGGAGGAGGACCACGUGGAUCCCGUGCAGGCCAGCAUGGACGAGAUCGACGUCGAAUUCCAGCCCGUGCCCAUCGAAGAGGGCGGAGAGGACAAGAGCAUUGACGGCAUGAUCGCGCGCCUGCUGGCCCCGGGAGACUGUCUGUCGCUGGCGCCCGAGGAGCUCUUCCUCUGCGCUCGCGUCUGUGUUGUGGGCCUCAUCAAGGGUGUAUUCUUGAUCGCCAACAAGCACUGCUACAUGAUCGAGAACUGCACCAUCGGCGUCAACCGCCACCUGUACAUGCUACCCGACCGACGGUCCAAGAAGGAGCGCCUCCUUAAGGGACCCUUCAUUCCCGUCCUGCACCGCUGGGCCUACGAGGAGAUCAAGGAGGUGAUCGGGCGCAAGUUCCUGCUGCAGCCGCUGGCGAUGGAGUUCUUCUCGUCGAGCGGGGCCACCCAGUUCCUCAUCUUGUCGCUCCACGAGCGGGACGCGGUGCUGCGACGGCUCAACACCAUCGUCAACGCGCUCAAGCCGGCGAGCGAGGUCAAGAAGGUGCCCACGCCCAUCGGUCUCGACUUGCCGCUGGUUCCGCUCCGCAGGGCUUCCAUCGACGCUGGGGACCAGACGUGGGGUUCGAUGGCCAAGGCUGCGGCGGGCCGGCUGAAGAGCUAUGCCAGCGGCAUCGACCCGCUCAACGAGGGCAACGUGCUCACCCUGUGGAAGAAGACCGCCAUGCAAAAGUGGGUCGAGGGCGAGAUCUCCAACUUCCAGUACCUCAUGCAUUUGAACACGCUUGCCGGGCGGUCGUUCAACGACUUGUCGCAGUACCCGGUGCUGCCCUGGAUUUUGGCCGACUACUCGUCUUCCGAGCUCGACUUGGACGAACCCCAGACCUACAGGGACCUCUCGCGGCCCAUGGGCGCCCUGUCGUCGGCCCGGGCGGCCAAGUUCCAGGAGCGGUACGACGAGUGGGACGAGCAGGACAACGAGGGCGUGCCCAAGUGGCACUACGGCUCGCACUACUCGUCGGCCGGCAUCGUGGCCCUCUUCCUCAUUCGCCUGGAGCCGUUCACCCAGCACUACGUGCGGCUCCAGAGCGGGCGCUUCGAUGUGCCCGACCGCAUCUUCUGCAACAUACAGUCCUCCUGGGAAUCGGCAUCGGGCUCGGCGGGCGAUCUCAACUUGUCGGACGUGCGCGAGCUCAUCCCCGAAUUCUUCUACCUCCCCGAGUUCCUGGCGAACAAGAACCGAUUCAACUUCGGCCACAAGAUCACGGGCGAGGAGAUCGACGCCGUGGGCCUCCCGCCCUGGGCCAAGGGCGACCCGCAGCGCUUCAUCUGCCUCCACCGCCAGGCGCUCGAGUCCGAAUACGUCUCCAACCACCUCCACGAGUGGAUCGACCUGAUCUUCGGGCACAAGCAGCAGGGCCGCGUGGCCAAGGAGAGCCUGAACGUGUUCUACUACCUCACCUACGAAGGCACGGUGGACAUCCGCAGCAUCGAGGACGUCGACCGGCGCAAGGUGAUGCUGUCGCAGAUCAACAACUACGGCCAGACGCCCGCCCAGCUCUUCAAGAAGCCCCACCCGCGGCGCCGGGUGGUCGUGCCCCCGGCCUCGCCGCUCCAGCAGGCCCACAACUGGGAGCCGUUCGUGUUCGCCGAGGCGAGCGGCGCGAUCGGGGCCAUGUCCCUGGUCGACGGCCGCAUGACCAUCGUCCCGCCCUACAAGGCCUUCAUCGCACGCGACGCCGCCAAGUGCAUCGCCUGGACUCGAUCCACCGCUACCCUUCGCCUCGUCUCCGCCUCCUCCUACACCAAGACGUUUAAAACGUGGGAGAACAUCGUGGGCUGGGGCGAGCUGCUGAGCGUGACCCUCACGGAAGACAGCAAAUUCCUCAUCACCGCCAGCUCCAACACGCUGACGCGUGCACCACCAUCUGAACGCCGCGGCCAGGUGGUCUCCGUGUUCCGUUUGGACCGGAACGAGGGCGAGCAGCGACUGGGCAAGAGCAGAGAGAGCGCGCAGAGCUCUGCGCCCAAGUAUGAUGCGACGUUUGAGCUGAAGCACUUUGGAGACCUGUUUGGCCACCGCGAGGCGGUCACGCAUGUCGUCGCGUCUCGACUCCACUCUCUGGUUGUGUCCGCUUCAACGGACAAGAAGGUGAUGGUGUGGGACCUGCUGCGAUUACGACAUGUGCGCACGCUGCCCGAGCUUGCCCGACCCAUCACGGCCCUCAAGAUUCAGCCCUUGACGGGCAACAUUGUGGUCUGUACAGACAGAGAGAUCACUCUGUGGAGCGUCAAUGGCGAUCUGUUGGCCUCCAACGGGUCGCUCCGCCCGACGGAGCCCAUCACGGCGGUGGAGUGCGGCCACGGCCAGGAGUGGGAGCCCCACAACAUCGUCUACGUCACCGGCCACGCCGACGGCUCCAUCGAGUUCUGGGGCGUGGUGGAGGACCAGCUGUGCCGACUGCAGCGCUUCGGCGCGCCCACCGCUCAAUCCCCGGUCACUGCUCUCUACAUGCGACCAGACGACAAGGCGCUGUACAGCGGUAAUGCGACGGGACAGGUCAUCUUGUGGUCAUCCCAGGAGGAGCUCGAGGCCGAACGAGCCCAGAGGAACAAGGAGAUCUCCACCUCCCUCUCGAGACCACCGUCGAUGAGCGAAGCUGGCGUCGAGGGCAGUCCGCUGGCGGACGCCGCGCACGACCGGUCGGUGGCGCCACGGCGCGGGACGGGCGGCAACGGCGCGAGUGGUCUGGUGGACAUCUCGCCGCUCCGCAACCUGGCCCGGACCACCACCUACCUGCCCAGCCUGCCGAGCUUCGGCGCCGGAUGGCGUCACAACUGA